CUGGCUUUGUGAUGGCAUAGCGGUUUACAGGACCCUGGAUUCUUGGGAGAGCAGGCGCGAAGACUGGCGGCUACCAUUAUUGGACCUCGGCAUACGUAGCACAGUCACUCCUGCCAAGUCACGAAUAUGGCGACCUCAUCUUCCGCUGGCAGUGACGUGGAGAAGCAAGAAGCAUCACUGGAGUACGACAAAGAUGGAAACAUCACAUCAACGAGCGAUAUUGAAAAUGCUACGACCCUCGCCACCCCUGUCACCGCUCCUCCCCCAGGCCCGGAAAGUAAGGACGGUGGUGCGCGAGCUUGGCUGCAAGUCGCCGGGUCUUUUCUCGUCUUUGGCAAUCUCUGGGGAAUGUCAUUUGCCUUUGGAUCCUUCCAGUCAUACUACGAAUUGACAUACAUCCCAAACGAGUCUGCUUCAUCAAUAUCAUGGAUCGGUACAGUGGCAAUCUUCCUACUGAUUCUUCUUGGAGUAUUAUCUGGCCCAUUGUUUGAUCUGGGAUGGUUUCAGACGAUGCUCAUCGUGGGGGGACUGGGACAAACGUUGAGCGUGUUUCUCACGAGUGUCAGCACUCAGUACUGGCAACUCAUGCUCACACAAGGAGUGCUUCAAGGCCUGUCAAAUGGUCUGCUCUACCUCCCCGGUCUGGCGCUUGUCAGCAGAGCGUUUAAGAAGCAUCGGGCUGUAGCGAUGGGGAUCACUACUUGUGGUGCACCAGUGGGCGGUAUCAUUUAUACCCUGAUUUUUUCGCAAAUGAUUGAAAACGUAUCAUUCGGCUGGACAGUACGGACGAUCGGAUUUGUUAUGCUUGGAACGUACCUCAUCUCGUUUCCUUUGCUCCUCUGGGGAGUCUCGAACCUCGGUGAUCUAGCGUCUGGACAGCCCAGAAAGCUAUUCGAUCGUGGCGCCCUCAUUGAUACUCCGUUUUGGCUGUACAGCUUCGCCAAUUUCUUCAUCUUCCUAGGCUACAUGGUCCCCUUCGUCUUCAUACCCUCAUACGGCCAACUCGUCCUCCGCAUCAGUCAGCGAAACUCCCUCUACAUCGCCAUGAUCGCCCAAGCAACCAGCAUCGCCGGACGUCUACUAGCAGGCUACUCAGCCUCUCGAAUCGGCGGCAUGAUCCCCUGGACCUUCUGCGUAGUCUCCAGCGGCAUCGUCGCAAUCGCAUGGCUAGCAGCCAAAGAGACCGGAGCCUUCAUCGCCGUAGCAGCGCUGUACGGGUUCUUCUCAGGAGCUUUAAUACCACUGCCUCCUAGUGUAUUUCCUGUCGUCUGUCCAGACGCUAAAGUUUUCGGAGCACGUCUCGGGAUGGCGCAAGGGUUUGGUAGUAUUGCUAGUUUGAUUGGGCCGCCCAUUGCCGCUGCGCUGGCGAAAGCGUCGACUGGAGGCGGGAGUACAAAUUAUCUUGGAUUACAGCUUUUUGCGGGAUUGGUUAUGUUGACGGGCGCAUGUGUGCUAGUAGCGCUAUGGGUAGUGCUGAUACAGCGGAGGAAUGGAGGCUCCAAGCUGAUAUGAAUCGACAGAGCUCACCCCAGAUAGAAUGGUAGACGAGUUUGACGAAUGAUGAGAAAAGGUUUAUGAUG